AUGAACACAACGAACAAACACAGUCAUUGCAAUUCCACACUCCACGCGAGUCGCUCGCAGACCCACGCUCGCGCCUCCAGUGACUGCGCGCGCAAUAGCGGCGCGGCGCUGCCUGUGCCCGGGGGCCACGGGGAGGCCGGACGAGAGCGAGCGUGCGUCACCGCGCUCAAUCCGGGAGCCGAGUUAGACUCCACCGCCUCCUCCUCCUCGGAGCUCUCACCUCGCGUCCUGUACGGGACUCGCGGGCAGAAGCUGCGGGCGGGCGUCUUUACGCGUUUCUGCACUCGAGCCAUGGCAGCGGAGCCCUGCAGCGCGUUUUACGCGGAGCCUUGGGACGGCACCGCGCCUCCCACGGGACAGCUGAACGCCACGCACUGGCCCCCGGGUUGCGACUACGGGGGGUACGACGUGGAGGACGAGAACGGGGCGCAGGGGCCCGGAGACCCGACGCUGCCCACGGCUCGCCUGCUCAUCGGCGUGGCGUUGGGCACCACGAUGCUCGUCUGCGGCGUGGGUAACGUGCUCUUCUGCGUGGCGCUACUGCGCUGCCGCCGCCUGCGCAACACCACGAACCUGCUCAUCGCCAACCUCGCCGUGUCUGACCUCGUGGUGGCCGCCGUGUGCUGCCCCUUCGAGCUGGAGUACUAUGUGGUGCGGAGGCUCACGUGGAGCCACGGGCCCCGGCUCUGCGCUGUGAUCAACUACGUGCGUGCCGCCUCGCUCUACGUGUCCACCAAUGCGCUCCUCGCCAUCGCAGUGGACAGGUAUUUGGUGAUCCUGCGGCCUCUCCAACCCCGCAUGGCCCGGCGCACCACUGCCGCGCUGCUGGCCGCCGUGUGGGCCCUCUCCGCGCUGCUCGCGGUCCCAGCCGCGCGCUUCUCCACGGAGACGGCGCUGCCGGCCGCGGGCCCGCGCGACCCCGCGCAGCGCAAGUUCUGCGGGCAGAUCUGGCCCGCGCAGAGCGCGCUGCUCUACAAGUCCUACUUCCUCACCGUGCUCAGCGCGCAGUUCGUGGCGCCCGUGCUCGCCAUGAGCUUCUGCUACGCGUGCAUCGCCAAGGAGCUGUGGUUCAAGCGCGUGCCAGGCCACCAAACGGAGCAGGCGCGUCGCCGGCUGCGUUCGCGGCGGCGCGGGGUGGUGGCGCUCGUGGGACUCCUGGGCGCCUUCGUGCUCUGCUGGGCGCCCUUCUACGGCUUCGCGCUCGUGCGCGACUUCUUCCCCGCGCUGCUGCUGCGCCAGCGCCACUACAUCACCGUCUUCUACGCGGUGCAGUGCGUGGCCGUGAGCAACAGCGCCGUGAGCACCGUGCUCGUGGUCACGCUCAAGCCCGACGCAUUAAAAUACAAGUCAGUUGUAUUAUUGUAUCGAAGGACGGUGAGAGAUGGCUCUACGGCUUUGGCAUUGAUCAUGGCUGAUGAUGAUGAUAUAUGUCAAUGUGAGCCAUCUCGUCGAGCCUGCGGCGGUUUCUGUCAUCGGCAUGGCGGAUGAGUCGCUGUGCCUUGCUGACAGAUGCACGUGGGCAUCACGACCCGUGCCCGAACGUAACUCCGAAAGCUUCGCGAAGCCCACGCCAGUCCACCGGGCGACUUCAGACAUCACCGUGCUAACCCGUGAGCUACAUUCCGCGUUCCCGAUCCGUCCCCACACCACUCGCCCCCUCGAUUUCCUCCGUGAAAAAUUAUAGCCCCGGGCCUUCUGGCCCUUCCCGGCCUUCCUUUAGAAAAUGCUCAGCGUUGAGCGAUAAUGGGGCUAGCGAUGACAAGUGGCGGCCAUGAGAUGGCAGUAGGCCUAGAAACAAUGCGUGUCAUCCUGCAGAUGAUUCAUUCUUCACCGAUCCACCCGUGGAAUGAAAACACAGUUUAGGUGCGUGGCGUUGAGUGUUUAGCUCCUCGGAUGCGUGCGUGGGAUGUUCCGGGUACUCCGGUUUCCUAGCUCAUUAAGUCAAACACUCGUAAACAUAAUAAGCUAAACAUCCCAAUAAAUCAAGACUCCUCUUUAAAUGAGAUACAAUGAGAAUCAGCUUGCUAAUGGAAUUAAGGGACUUUUAAUUAAACUGGCAACACACGAAUCCAGCAGUGAAUUGAUAAAGGGCUUCCCAAAACGAGAGCCAAUGUAUGAAAAAUGUUAAUCCGUGGGCGUAAUGGAGGCGUUUCGCCUAAUUAUCUGUUCCGAGAACUCUGCGUUUUGAGCGCAGUCGGUGUAACGCGGCCAUGCCGUUCUACCACGGGCACAUUAAUUAUCGCGACCCUCUGUGUGGCGAGCGAACGCAGCACUCACUGCCUCGCAACCACACACUCGCGCAAAUCACCCCAGCGCGCACGCGGUGAAGAGUCCUCCAGGAAGGCCCUUGUGCGAGACGGUUCCAUGGAGACAACGUCCCACUCAUUAAAGCCGCCACGCGUGGUGCUGACCACACAGAGAGCGCAGGGGUGCGGAAUCAUUCAAUUUUUUUUUCUUUUUGCGGGCCCAAUAUGACCUUCCACCACCCAUUAAAGCGCAAGCUCACACAUUAUCCACGAAUAAUCACGCGAAUAAUCACGAGCGUUCGCCUUUACCGAAGGAGCUCAGAUUUGAAAGUGCUGCCCUGUGAAAUACCCCCCCCCCCUCCGCCCCCACCGAGUAGCCCUAGGGCAGCAGCUCAGAGGCUUGCUGUGACGGAUACAUUUUGCUUGCGGCCCGCUGCCAAGCGGGUCCGGCUCAUGGAGCCCGCGGGGGCCUGUGAAAUUAAUUCGUGUCGGUCCGUGGACUGUAAGCUCCCGCCCUCUAUACCUUCGAGACCACUGGACUAAAAUAACUGCUGUCACCGGGCACCUUUUUGAAGCCGGAAAUGACAGACGAACGGCGAUUGUGACCAGCACCACGCCCGGCCGUCUUUAUCUCUCUCUCCCCCCCCCCAGUGCUUGAGAGUAAAGACCGCACCGGGCGGUACACGUUCACCGAGGGGAGGCCCCCCGGACACGCCACUGAUGUGAGCCGUGAUCCGGAAUCGAGCUCAGGUCACCGAGUUCCUAGAACAGCGUUGGUCACGUACACAGCCUUAUAGCCUGAACAGACUCUUUGUCGCAAGUGCUGUGAGCGAGGGACCUAUGAAAUCCGGCACGGCACACGAGUGGGUUGGUGGCCAGAACCACGCCCGGCCGCCUUUGUCUCUCGAGUGGCGAUGUCUAUACACCUGCACCCGGUAGUAAAUUGAGGCUAAGUCGACAUAAUGGAGGACCAACACGGGUUCAGAUAAUUAUCACUUGUGUUGGCCGUGAGCGGGAAGAGAACGUGGGUUUCCGGGUUCCUAGCGCAGCGCGCUAUCCAAUACACGACCAUUACCCACAAACAUACAUCCACAGAUAUAUAUGCACCCACAUACACACAGGUACAUACACACAUACAUACACACAGAUGCAUAUAUAUACGCAUACAUACGAAUAUGCACACACGUGCAAAGUGAAUACAACAAAAUGACCCAUGAAAAGCAAAAAAAAACGAUGGUGCUGUGGUCAGUUCUCGUGUAGAUGGAUCCGUCUUUACAAUUUGGUUUUCCGAGUGUCGAUUAAACAAGCAUCAGUUCGCUGUGGGUAUGUGGGCAAGAGAAGGGACAUUCUGGAAUCGCGUUACAGUGUCAAGUGACAAUUCAUCGUGUAUUUAUUUACGGUAAACAUUGUUAAAUUUGCAUGU